ACCUCACAGUGACCUGGCCCUGAGGAAAACAGCUCUUGUCAUCCCCUAAUAGGGAUGAACAGCAAAGUGCUCACUAUGCUGACAUCUAUUCCCUGUGUGGUUUACUUUAUUAUGAAGUCUGAAUUUGGUGCCGAAGUGCUGGCCUGACCUCACUAAUCUCUCUAGUUUAAGAGAAGAAGAUAGCCAUGGCGGGGAUGACUGUUAAACUGAUGGAAUCAACUAAGAAUGUCUAUAGAUGGAAAAACCAAGACUCCUUAGUGAUGGAGUCCAAAGUUGGUCAGGGAAUCGUUGUUUCUGGCUGUUGAAAGUUGGCUGCAAUUGAAUAAUAGAACAAAGUCUGAGCUUCAAAAUCGUGCCGUGUCUGCUGCUUCUGGGUCCCUUUGACUAAAUGUUGCUGAAGUGCUGCUGAAAGGGCCAGAGAUGCAAGGAUUUGGGACACAUUUUGAACCUUUAAGCUGUCUGACAUUGACCUCCUUCCAUUAUUAAUAAAGAAGAAGCAGGAGCUUAGGAUGUAUUAACACCAACUCAUUAAUAUACUAACCGGACAAUGUUCUGCAACAAUUCUACAUUGUAGAGCUGGAUUGGCCCAAAAUAAAAUAAUUUCUUAGUAUACCCAGCUUAUAAUAUGACUCGAUGGAGGAAAAUUUGAUAAGCAUGAGAGAAGACCAUUCUUUUCAUGUUCGUUACAGAAUGGAAGCCUCUUGCCUUGAACUGGCCUUGGAAGGGGAGCGUCUGUGUAAAUCUGGAGACUGCCGUGCUGGUGUGUCAUUCUUUGAAGCUGCAGUUCAAGUUGGAACUGAAGACUUAAAAACUCUUAGCGCUAUUUACAGCCAGCUGGGCAAUGCUUAUUUCUAUUUGCAUGAUUAUGCCAAAGCACUAGAAUACCAUCAUCAUGAUUUAACUCUUGCAAGGACUAUUGGAGACCAGUUGGGGGAAGCUAAAGCUAGUGGUAAUCUGGGAAAUACUUUAAAAGUUCUUGGGAAUUUUGAUGAAGCUGUAGUUUGUUGUCAGCGACACCUGGAUAUUUCCAGAGAGCUUAAUGACAAGGUGGGAGAAGCAAGAGCACUUUACAAUCUUGGAAAUGUGUAUCAUGCCAAAGGGAAAAGUUUUGGCUGCCCUGGUCCUCAGGAUGCAGGAGAAUUUCCAGAGGAAGUAAGAAAUGCUCUGCAGGCAGCCGUGGAUUAUUAUGAGGAAAACCUAUCACUAGUGACUGCUUUGGGUGACCGAGCAGCCCAAGGACGGGCCUUUGGAAAUCUUGGAAACACGCAUUACCUCCUUGGCAACUUCAGGGAUGCAGUUAUAGCUCAUGAGCAGCGUCUCCUUAUUGCAAAAGAAUUUGGAGAUAAAGCAGCUGAAAGAAGAGCAUACAGCAACCUUGGAAAUGCAUAUAUAUUUCUUGGUGAAUUUGAAACUGCCUCUGAAUACUACAAAAAGACUCUACUAUUGGCUCGCCAGCUUAAAGACAGAGCUAUAGAAGCACAGUCUUGCUACAGUCUUGGAAACACAUAUACUUUACUUCAAGACUAUGAAAAGGCCAUUGAUUAUCAUCUGAAGCACUUAACAAUUGCUCAAGAGCUUAAUGAUAGAAUUGGUGAAGGAAGAGCAUGUUGGAGCUUAGGAAAUGCAUACACAGCUCUAGGAAAUCAUGACCAAGCGAUGCAUUUUGCUGAAAAACACUUGGAAAUUUCAAGAGAGGUUGGAGAUAGAAGUGGUGAGCUUACAGCACGACUGAAUCUCUCAGACCUUCAAAUGGUUCUUGGUCUGAGCUACAGCACAAACAAUUCAAUGAUAUCGGAAAAUAUUGAAACUGAUAACAGUUUGCAUGGUGCACGCCCCAAGUUUGGACGCCGACACAGUAUGGAAAACAUGGAGCUUAUGAAGUUAACACCAGAAAAGGUACAAAACUGGAACAGUGAAAUUCUUGCUAAACAGAAACCUCUUAUUGCCAAACCUUCUGCAAAGCUCCUCUUUGUCAACAGACUGAAGGGGAAAAAAUACAAAACUAACUCUUCCACUAAAGUUCUCCAAGACACUAGUAAUUCCAUUGAUCACCGAAUUCCGAAUUCUCAAAGGAAAAUCAGUGCAGAUUCUAUUGGAGAUGAAGGGUUCUUUGACUUAUUAAGCCGAUUUCAAAGCAAUCGGAUGGAUGAUCAGAGGUGCUGCUUACAAGAGAAGAAGAAUUCUACAUCAGCUGCUGUGGCAGCUUCUUCCACUUCCCCUAAAAGGAUGCUAAAAACACCACCGGUUUCUGUGGUGUCCCCCAACACAGAUGAGUUUUUAGACCUUCUUGCCAGCUCACAGAGCCGCCGUCUAGAUGACCAGAGGGCCAGUUUCAGUAAUCUGCCCGGGCUUCGUCUGACACAAAACAACAGUCAGUCAGUACUUGGCCAUCUGAUGACUAAUGACAACAAAGAGCCUGAUGAAGACUUCUUUGACAUCCUUGUCAAAUGUCAGGGAUCCAGAUUAGAUGAUCAGAGAUGUGCUCCACCACCUGCUGCCACAAAGGGACCAACAGUACCAGAUGAGGACUUUCUUAGCCUUAUUUUACGGUCUCAAGCGAAAAGAAUGGAUGAACAGAGAGCUCUUUUACAAAGAGAUCAAAACAGAGACACUGAAUUUGGGCUCAAGGACCUUUUGCAGAGUAAACCUGUGUUGGAACUUGAAAAUUCUGGGAAAAAAUAAGCAAACCACUAGUAUACUGUUGAAUUUUCUUUUUUUUUUUUAACGACCUUAUUUCCUUUCAGAACACUGCAGGGAAAUUCAAUCUAGUACUUUUCUCCUCAAAAGGAGAAGGUAUAGCACUGUAUUACAGCUUAAAAUGUUUUCAGCAUGAUGUAAAUAUUUGACCUUUAAUAGUAUAGUGUUUACACUCCUCUGGACACUCACUCGUUUCUGAGUGGAAGUGUCUUGAAAGGUGCUUCAUCAACUUUUGUGAUUACUGCUUGGGAUUAUGUUCUUUGGCAACUUGUUAAGAUUCCUUUACCUACUAUUUGUAAAGUAGGAAGUUAAAAUGAAUCUAGACUAGGAGUUACUCCUCUUGUUGAGGUAAUUUUUUUACUCUUAAUUGAUAAUGGCAAUUUUUUAUACCUAACCAUGGAUGUAGUGAGAAAUUACGCUGUUUCAUAAAAAUAAUAUACUUGACCAAUGUGUAAAAAAAUUAUACCGUCUGUUAAAGAAUCUAGAGUUUUUUUCCACUAAGAAAAUCUCUAUUUUCAAUAUAUUUUUAGGCCAAAGCUAUCAUAAAAGAACAUAAAAGAAUUUAAGAAUAAACUUCUUUUAGUGUGG